AAGGAAGUACACAUUUUACAGAGACACUUCGAAGAUAAACACACAAAGCAGGGAAAGGAUCAACAUGGGCGCAAGAGAUAAAAGUAGAAUCACCAAGGAGGAAUGACACACUGGAAAAAUAAAAAAACAAAUAAAGAAAAAGAAGACAGAAGUGUGAUGUAAAUGGAUAUUCCUGAAGCCACUGUUUCUGCAGUCAGCUUCACAUCUCCACCUCCUCCAUAUACUGAAGUUAUUCACAGUCCAGAGCCUUCAACACCACCUCCUACUUAUAGGGAAGCAGUGAGUUUCCCGCCUCUACAAUCGGACAAUGUUGCAUCUCCUUAUCCUAUCCUCAACAUUCCCACAGAGGACACAACCGUAUAUCACACUCAGACAGUUCAGCCUUCACCCCAUCAGGUAACUCCACAGUUGGUUGGAAUUCUGGGUGAUGCUCCCACUGUGAUUAUUUGCCCACACUGCUCUCGCCAAAUUACCACCAGUGUGUAUUAUAAACCUGGAAAUGCAGCAUGGGUCAUGUGCUGUCUGCUUACACUUUUUGGGCUCUUCUGUGGAUUUUGCUUAAUUCCCUGCUGCGUGAAAGAAUUCCAGGAUGCUUAUCAUUCAUGUCCUGCCUGUAAAAAAUUCAUAGGGACACAUGUUCGCUAAAACACACACACAGAGUUUAUUACCAUUACUGUGAUGUAUUUACAUUGAAACAUGAUUUGUCGCUAAUUUCUGCUGUCCUUAAACCUUAAACCAAACAAUUACAUCAUUACUCAAAUAUAAAUUUUUCAGAUCAAAGCAUGAUCUGUAACAUUAAAUUCAUAAAUGUGACAUGCCCAUGGAUUUUGGGUGGAUGUAUAAAGUAGGAGUGUUUGAUGCAUUAAUAGGCAUAGAAAAUCAAUUUAUUUACCUUAGAAAUGAUUAAAAUAACAUGAUUGUCGCAGUGGAAACUGACACCUUAUGAAAUUCAGUCUUUUUUUCCCUCUGCACUAAAAGCUCCAGGAUGUCACUGUGAUAUCCCUGAGCACAGAGUGUAACUAGCUGCAUCUUAGCUUUCAAACAGUAAUAGGGGAAUGCAUAAUUCCAAUUGGUUGAUCCUUUUUUACUCUAUAGCAUAGCCAUAAUCAAUUAUCAUUAAACAAGCUAAGGAAUGUUUUCAUUUGAAGUUUGUGGUGAUUAAAUACAGAGGAAUCAUAAUGAUGACCUUUAGCGAAUGUCUGCCCUGCUGCUUUACAAACUACUGCUCAGUGUUAUGUGACAUGUACAAUAUACAAUCAGCUGUACUGUACAUGUGUUACAUUAAUGAUGAUGAUGGCAGUUUCUUCAAAUUCAAAGAUCAAUGGGAAGAUGUCUUAGAGAUUGGUAGUAUGAAGACAAGCCCUCAGGUGACUGCAGAGACUCAUUCUUGAUUUGCAGAGUCUACCACAGUAACGAUUCCAUUUCACUGGAGCAAAAUGACAAUAUAUAAUCUAAUCCCUCUUAUUUCAGGAAAUCACAGCUCCUCAUGAUCAAAGUGACAACAUUCAUUAUUGAGUUCUUGUAAUUAUUAGCUGUUUCAGUGCUGACUAUGGGUUCAGUCCAAAUCCUCAUUAACUCAAAAACCAAAUAUAAUGUGAAAUCUAAGUGGAAAAUCGAGGAAUAAUAAACUUUAUGUUGCUAAUCAAUACCCAGAAUAUUAAUUAUUGUAGACAUGUAAAUAACGAGCCUCAGUUGUUAUGUUGGAUUUUGUCUUUUUUCUGACUGAUAGAUUGAUGUGAAAAUACUGAAUUAAAACUUCCUGCACUGCAUUGUGACUUCUGUCUGAAACAUCCUGUAUAUAAAGAAACUUCACACAAA